CUCCAACAUUUUUUUAUAAUUUGCCACACUUUUCUUUAUGGGUGGAGGGAGAGUAUAACUUUUAUGAAGUUCAGUUAUUUACUUUUCUCGAGAAGAAAGGAAGAAAAUUUGACAGCCACAGGACGCGUCGUCGCUUCCCGCGCUCCUGGUUCUCCUCUCAACCGCUGGCCCAACCUCCCUGUGGCAUAAGUAGCUCCCCGUCCUCCGCCAUUCCUCCCGUUUUCUUCAUCGUCAAAGCCAACCAAAUUCCGGCCACUACCACGUACAUUAACGCAAGGAGACAUGGCGGCGGAGGCAGAGUCCCUUAUCACAGUGGAGCAUGCAGAGGCCUCCACGGCGCCGGUGCCUGCGAAGAUGGAAUCGGCCGGCGGCGGGAAACCGGCGGCGAGCGGGAAGCCGGCGAUGGUUCUUGGGAUCGACGACAGCGAGCACAGCUACUACGCGCUGGAGUGGACGAUGCACCACUUUUUCGCCCCAGGCCAGACGCAACAGUACCACCUCGUCGUGGUCAGCGCCAAGCCGCCCGCCGCCGCCGUCAUCGGCAUCGCCGGCAUCGGCACCGCCGAGCUGCUCCCGAGGGUGGAGCUCGACCUCAAGCGCGCCUCCGCGAGAGUCAUCGAAAAGGCCAAGGAGCACUGCUCCCAUGUCACGGAUGUGAGCUAUGAAGUGAAGGAGGGGGACGCGAGGAAUGUGCUGUGCGAGGCGGUCGAGAGGCACCAUGCGGACAUGCUCGUCAUGGGCAGCCAUGGCUACGGGGCAUUCAAAAGGGCCGUCCUUGGGAGCGUGAGCGACUACUGCACCCACCACGCGCACUGCACCGUCAUGAUAGUCAAGAAGCAAAAGCACCACAAGAAAUCAUCUGAGCAUUGGGGUUGGGGGUUCCAUUCAAAAGAAGCCUGAACAUUUUACGAGACCGAUAAAUUAGGAGCAUAAAAUUGGCAUUCAACAGAUAUAGUACUAUUGUUGCCUAUCCAAGUUACCGUGUCUUGAUGUGUGUGUUUAGGUCGGAAUAAAUAUGCAGCAUAGAGAGUUUGAUCAGGCCUCUGUAAUUCAGAAGAUUUUCAUAGGGAUUUUGGAAUAUUCGAGUACUCCUAGGAUUUUUUUUUUCCUUCUAUUUAGGAUAUUUAAUUUGUAAGGUCAAAUAAUAUAGGAAAAUUUACAUAAUUUUGGUCACUACAUUUUAUUGAAAGUUUCCAUGCGCUCAAAGCAUUUGAAAAAAGGUCAUUUGCUUCACAUGUGAUGUAAUCAAACAAACACUGGUGCAAAAAAAUCAUAUAGGAUUCAGUGAGCAUGA